AUGGAUCAACCAACUUCUCAUUUGAGCAAUACUAACAUUGACAUUGAUUAUACAACACCUACAGUGCGCUAUUCAGUGAAAAACGACGAGACAUUGAAGGAAGGUCUUACUUAUUUGAACGAAAAUGGAUAUGUUGUUAUCAGUGAUGUACUGAAUCAGGAGGAAAUCGAUGAGAAUAAGAAAUUGCUUUGGAAAUUUUUGGAAGAUGCUUCUAAUGGUCAAAUGCGACGUGAUCAGCCGGAAACAUGGUCAAAUCCAUGGUAA